AUGCCCAUUCUAGAUGGUGGAUCGAUCGAAGUGAAGGGUUACGCGGACGCAAUGAAAGCUUCCCCGGUUUUUGCAGAAUUAUCACAAAUUCGUAAUAUUCGUCCAAGUUUUCAUACUCUCCGCCUUGGAAUGGCCGGAGUGAUUUUGUAUACGGGAUCUGUGUGGUAUUUAUUUCGGGGCAGGGAACCUUGGNCUUUUUCACAUGGUGCUCCGGAUAACGCGCGAACUCUUCCAGCAUCCAAGUGUAAACCAAUUGUCUAUCCCAAACCUGAUGGAGUCCUUAGUUUUGACCUCCCCAGUUCCGUUCAACUCACGGGCACUAAUCACGAUCAGGAUCAACCGGCACACCUAACACUCCUAGACGAUACGGUCCCAGAAAAGAUCAAUCUUCCGAUUUACGAUGGACCGGAACAACGCUUUUGUCCUGCCGGAGUUUACGAAUACGUGGAGACUGAGGAUGGAAGACAACUGCACAUCAACGCUCAAAAUUGUAUACACUGCAAAACUUGCGACAUCAAAGAUCCGACUCAGAAUAUCAAUUGGGUUGUACCGCAAGGAGGAGAAGGGCCUGCCUACACCGGAAUGUAA